AUGAAUUUAAUUUUUAAAUAUUAUUUAUUGUUUUUGAUCUGUAUUUAUAAAGUGUCAUCUGAUUUCUCACCAUUAACAAUCAAAAGGUUGAAUGCUUUUAUUGAUUUAGAAUACCAAGAUUAUUUUCAAAUAAAUUCAGUAAUUUCAUUUAAUCAAACUAUUUUUCAAAGUAAUCAAAUAAAUUAUAUUACUUCACUCGAUAAUUCUGACUUAAUAAUAAAUGAUAAUAAAUUUAAUAGUUGGAAAUUAAAUAAAGAAUCAAAUGAAUUAAAGAUAAUUAAUUUAGAGAUUGAAAAUCAAUAUGAUAUCGAUUUACCGUUAGAAUUUAUAGGUAAUUUUGAAAAUGUUUAUAUCACUAAUAAUACUGGGUUUUCAUCAAGUUGUUUUAUUUAUGCAGGAGUGGAGAUACCUUAUACUCUUGAUUAUUCAAAUAAUGAUACAUCAACCUAUAAAAUAUUUCAAUUUAAAACAACUCCUUUAAGUUUAAAAUUAAAAUUUAAACCAUCUUCAUUAUUUCCUUCUUCUUCUUCCUCUUCUUCCUCUUCUCCUUCUUCCUCUUCUCCUUCUUCAAUUACUAUUAAAGAUACAUCAAAUUUAGAAACUUUAAAUAGUUUAUUAGAUAAUAACUAUAUUGUAUUUGAAAUUGAUAAAAAUCAAAAAUUAUUGUCAAAGUUUUUCCUACCAAAAAUUCACAUUGGCGAAGGAUUAAAUAAAAUUGGAAUCACAAGAAAAUCUGUUAAAGAUUAUUUAUUAACAACAUGUAAUAAUACAUAUGAACCAAUAACAACUGUUGGUAAUUCUAAUAAUGUAUAUGAUCAGUUUUAUUUAUUUAGAAAUAAUACAAUUAAUAAUAUUUUAUCAACAGGAUGUGAUAUUAAUUCAAUGGAUAUCUAUUCACCAGAUAGUUCAAUAAUAUUAUCUUGUGAUAUAAUGAAUACAAAAUUUACAAAUAUUACAUCUAACAUUUCAAUGUUAUUCAAAUUAUCAAGUUUUCCCAUUAUAAAUUCAACUGCAAUUCCUAUUUUAAGUGGUGGAAUUGUACCAUUAUCUACAAACUAUGAUAAAUCAUUUUCAACUCUAUAUAUUGAUAUUUUAAAUAAAGGAAAUGAUAAUGCUUUAUUUAAAAUUAUAUUACAAUAUUGUAGAAAUGAUGGUAAAUUUAAUUUUAAUAUUUCAGAUGACCAAUUAAUAAUUGAUAGAAAUGAAAAAUCAAUGAUAGUUAAUAAUGAUAAUUACCCAACUAGAUUAACUUUCUCUUUAAAGAGUAGAUCAAGUUCAAUAUCAACAUUAGGUUUUUGUAAAUUUUCAAUCUAUCAAAAUGAUCAAUAUUAUUCAGAUUUUAUAACAAACUUUUCAACUUCAAUUCUAGAAUUUACACCAAAUCCAAAUAAUAUAGCAGGAAGAGAAGUUAGAAUUAAUAAUAAUUAUAAUAAUUUAGAAAAUAAAAUUGUUUCGACUACUACAAAUUGUUUAGCACCUAAAAUAUUAAAAACUAUAAAUGGUGUUGAAUAUUGUGUUAAUGAAUGUACAAUUGAUCAAUUAUUUAAUAGUGAUACAUUAGAAUGUACACCAACAAAAUGUUAUAUAAAGUAUAUUUCAAAUGUACCACAAAAGAUUUACUAUAAUUCAAAUAAUGGUUUAUGUGAAAGUACACCAAGUUGUCCAAACGGUUAUAUAUAUGAAUCUAAUACAUGUGUAGCCCCAAAACCAAUAAUAAAUGAUUCAAAUUCUAAUAGUAAUAGUUUCAGUGAUUCCUCUUCAUCUUUUGUAUUCCCAUCAUUUAGUGAUGGUUCUUAUUUUAAUGAAUUACCUGAUGCUCCUAGUGGUCCCUCAACAGCUUUAAUUAUUAUUAUUUUCGUUGUUGCUUCUGUAUUACUAUUUAUUGUACUUUUCUUUAUUAUUAGAAAAUGUUGUUCACGUAAAUCAAAAGAAAGAGUUAAAAAAGAUAAAAUUAAAGAGUAUUAUAGUAAUAGACCAAUAAAACAAUUAGAUCAACAACCACAGCAGCAGCAACAACAACAACAGUUUCAACAAUUUCAACAACUACAACCACAACCAUUAAUCCAAAAACCACAACCACAACAACAACAACACCAAAGACAAAGACCAAUCCAACAACAAAUAGUACAAACAAAUCAAGUUAUUCAAAGAAGACCACAACAAAAUCGUCAAUUAUCACCUCAGCAAAUGCAACAAAGAAGACAACAGCAAUUACAACAAAAUCAUGGAGUUCAAAGAGGAUUACCACAGCAAUAUGGCCAGUUAUCACCUCAGCAAAUGCAGCAAAUGCAGCAAAGAAGACAACAACACCAACAACAGCAAUAUCUAUAA